UUUGUUCUACUGGGCAGCUCUAGCACAGUCCCACCCCUGGCCGGCUACUGACUGAACUGUUCUGUCAGUCUGUUGCAUUUUGUUCCCUCCUGCAAAGUCCUCAUUAUCUCAAUGCAUAGCAUCUGAUAACAGACUGACAAACAUGGACCACAAGCUCCUCCUGGCACCUUCAGUGCUGCUGGGAUGCUGUUGUUGCCGCUGAUGCUUUUUAGACCAGACUUGUCAUCCAGUGUGUGCAUGAAGGAAAAGGAGCUGCUGUCAUGCCCUUAGCUGUUGCAGAUAGUGAGUGACAUUUGCUGGUACUAAGAGAAGCUCACAGUGGGGGAGUAUCCCAGUAGACAAUGGACAGGUUGCACCCCUCUAUGAGGAAACGUUUGUACAGCCUCCCCCAGCACAUCGGAUUCAAAGCCUCUAUAAUGGAUGAAGCAGAAUGUGAAGAAAGGGACACCUGGAGAAAAAGCAUCAAACUCAAGCCAUUGCCCUCACCUUCUGCCCUUAGAGUCCUUGACCCCCGCCAUGGAGCAAAGGAAACCCAUAUAGUUAUGGAAACUGAGGUGGGCAAAGCCCAAAGAACCAGCAGCAAUGGAGAUUGCAGGAGAUUCACUGGCAGCCUUUCUUCUAUCACCAGCUGUGGCCGGCACCUUCAUGAUGCAGAUCCCAGUGAGGGGAGAAGGCUUAUUUCUGAUGGUGACAUUAGUCCCACUGAAGAGUGCUCCCCCACCCUAGAUACAGCUGUAGGUGAAUCAAAUAUUCAUCUCUCCCAAAACACUCAGACAUCCUCCCAAUGUCAGGGAGCUGAGCAACUCAGCAGUCCUGGGAAGCUGGAUGGAAGGGAGCAGACUUUGUCUGGUGGGGAAGAUGAGCAGGGAAGCUUUAUGCACAGACAGUUUGGGGCACUACUGCAACCCGGGGUGAACAAAUUCUCCUUGAGGAUGUUUGGCAGUCAGAAGGCAGUAGAAAGAGAACAGGAUCGUGUAAAGUCUGCAGGAUUUUGGAUUAUUCACCCUUACAGUGACUUCAGGUUUUAUUGGGACCUUACCAUGUUGCUGCUCAUGGUGGGAAACCUCAUUAUCAUCCCAGUAGGCAUCACUUUUUUCAAGGAGGAGAAUACACCAGCAUGGAUUGUGUUCAAUGUGGUGUCGGACACAUUUUUCCUUGUGGACCUAGUGCUAAAUUUCCGUACAGGAAUUGUGUUGGAAGAUAAUACUGAGAUCAUCUUGGAGCCUCAACGUAUUAAGAUACGUUACUUAAAGAGUUGGUUCCUGGUAGACUUUGUGUCCUCCAUCCCCGUUGACUAUAUUUUCCUGAUUGUGGAGACAAGAAUCGAUUCUGAAGUCUACAAGACUGCAAGGGCCCUGCGCAUUGUCCGCUUUGCUAAGGUUCUGAGCCUGCUGCGUCUUCUGAGACUCUCCAGGCUCAUUCGAUACAUUCACCAGUGGGAAGAGAUAUUUCAUAUGACCUAUGAUCUGGCAAGUGCUGUAGUGCGAAUUGUAAACCUGAUAGGCAUGAUGCUCCUGCUUUGCCAUUGGGAUGGCUGCUUACAGUUCCUAGUGCCCAUGCUGCAAGAUUUCCCUGAAGACUGCUGGGUUUCUCUUAACCACAUGCAGAAUGCCUCCUGGGGAAAACAGUACUCUUAUGCCCUGUUCAAGGCUAUGAGCCAUAUGCUCUGCAUCGGGUAUGGCCAACAGGCACCAGUGGGCAUGGGGGAUGUCUGGCUCACUAUGCUCAGUAUGAUUGUUGGUGCUACUUGCUACGCCAUGUUUAUUGGUCAUGCCACAGCCCUGAUCCAGUCACUGGACUCUUCAAGGCGCCAGUAUCAAGAGAAGUACAAACAGGUGGAGCAAUAUAUGUCGUUUCACAAACUCCCUGCUGAUUUGCGCCAGCGAAUCCAUGACUACUAUGAGCAUCGCUACCAAGGCAAGAUGUUUGAUGAAGAGAGCAUUCUGGGGGAACUGAGUGAGCCACUUAGAGAGGAAAUUAUUAACUUUAAUUGCCGCAAGCUGGUGGCAUCCAUGCCGCUUUUUGCCAAUGCCGACCCGAACUUUGUGACUUCAAUGUUGACAAAACUGAGGUUUGAGGUAUUUCAGCCCGGUGAUUACUUAAUCCGGGAAGGAACUGUGGGUAAAAAAAUGUUCUUCAUCCAGCAUGGGGUGGUUAGCAUCCUGAGCAAGGGCAGCAAGGAGACCAAGCUUUCAGAUGGAUCCUACUUUGGAGAGAUUUGCCUCCUGACCCGUGGCAGGCGUACUGCGAGCGUCAGAGCUGACACUUAUUGCCGACUCUAUUCCCUGAGUGUCGACCACUUCAACGAGGUUCUUGAAGAGUACCCCAUGAUGAGACGUGCCUUUGAAAGUGUUGCGCUAGACCGUUUGGACAGAAUUGGUAAAAAGAACUCCCUUCUUCUGCACAAAGUACAGCACGACCUACGCUCUGGGGUGCUCAACUACCAUGAGAAUGAAAUUAUCCAGCAGAUAGUGCAGCAUGACCGGGAGAUGGCUCAAGGACCCCGCUGCAGUCAGACUGAAGAGGAAUCUACUUCAUUACCAGCCACACCAGUUAUCUGGACCCCACUGGUACAGGCACCCCUACGAGCCGCGGCUGCUACCACAUCAGUGGCUAUACCCCUCACCCACCAGCGCAUACCAGCCACCAUAUUUCGACCAGCCCCCAGUGCACUAGGUGUAACAGCCCGUGGAUUACGACAAGCUCAGAGAACUGCUCUCCCUACCCACCUAAUAGGCAUUGAGGGAGCAGUGUCUCAGCCAUCUUCUUUUCAUGUACACCAGCUGGCAGGGUUCUCAGCAGCUGCUUGUGUGAGUCCUGCUCCUCCGCCAUCUGUGCCACCUCUUCAGAGACAUAUAGUAAAGCACCUGUCUACAUAUUCCCCACCAGCUGAGCCUCUGCAGUUGGUAACAGGUGAAGCCAACUCUUCCAUAUCCCUUUCACCUGAACUGUCACAAUCAGACCAGCAGUUUCGACCUCUCUCAUCUGGACAGUGCCAAUACCCUGUUAGUCAUUCAUUAGAUACCCAUUUACCAGGAGCGUCAGAGCCACAAUGGGUGCUUCCCCCUCCUCCACAUAAAGCAGACUCUCCCGGGAAAGCCACUGCAGUACUCAGUCCUGGACCAGUCCGGACCGCUCCUAUAGGUGGUUCUUCACGAUCUCUUCUCCUUCCUGAAAUUACUGCACUCUCAAAUCUCCCCAACAGUUGUACAGCCCUUCCCCUCAACCGGCUAAGGCAGGAUGGUCGCCCCAUCUCUGUGUCACAGCCCUCUUUGCCUCAAGCACCAGCAUCUGGUUCCCCAAACUUUCCACAGCAAUUUAUUCCUGAUUUUUCUUCACUUCCCAGAAGUGAGAAAUCAAAUAUAGGACAUGUAACGCUACCACGAAAAGGCCCCUCAGUGUUAGGUUUGGGAGUACAGAGUAUUUGUGGGGAAGACCUUUCCCAUACCAAACUCCCUAGUAACCUCUGACCAUAUUAAUUGCUAGAGAACUGCAGAAUGUUAACGAUCUUCUCAUGGGAAACCUGCGGGGCUUUGCUUUAUGAACUCCUUUUCUAAGCAUAUGCAGAUCACUGCUUCAAUAUUCUGGGUCAUCAGUAAUACUCAAACAAAUCAUCAACACUACUGAUGCUCAAGGGUAUUAAGUUUAGUAUAUGUGUUUACCAAACAGGCUUUGGAUUCCUUAAAAAAAUAUUGCAAGAAAGCUUUUGAUACCAAACAACUGCAAAUUAUAAAACGAUGGGCAGGGAUCAAACUGCAGAAGUGGUUUUAGAGUAGAAUGAACAAUGGUGGAAUUGGCAGGAUAAGAGGUAUUGAAGCUGCAUUUUCUAAACUACAUAGAAUCCAGAUCAGAGGUUUACAAGGUCAGUCCUCAGCCUUGGCAGUGAAGGUUUUCACUCACUUAUAUAACCUAGGCGAUUCUAUCUAUUAUAAGUCUCAGCCACAUUAAUGGCUGGAAGGAUGUCCAGACUAGAUUAUUGCUCUUGUCUAUUUCAAGUGUAUCUAAACAUAAAAGAGAGUUUGUGUAAGGCACAGUUAUUUGUUAGAAUAGUUAUGAAGAAACUGAUCAGGUAGAAAAUCUAAGGCUAGAGUCACACUGGGUGCUUUGACUGCCAUGCAGUAAUUAAAAUAUAACAUAGUGUUGCCCUGCAUUGGUAUAUGUUCUGUGUUUGCUUAAACACUGCUCCCCCAGACAGGGGCUGGAUUGUGAUGAAGCUUAGCAUUUUGUGUGGUUACCCUCCAUUUGUCAGAAGUGACAACACUUUAAAAAUACAGUGUGUUACACUUGUGCUGUCACUCCAUUCCUGACAAGAGGGAGGGUUAUGCCCCAAAAUGCUGAGCUUCAUCACAAGCCUUAAUAAGGCUCAAUAAACUGGGCUAAAUGCCUUUAAUGCAAGUGUUGUUAGUUAAGAUAAUGCUGCCACUUGUGGAUAAACAAAGCAAAGGUCAUUUUACUCUGUCCUGGCAAUUAGUGUGACAUUAGCCAAUUAGUGUGACAUUAGCCUAAAGGUGGCCAUACACAGCCAGACUUAAGUCUGAUUUGGGUUGUUUAGAUCAAUUUUGCAGCUUAUCUGCCCCUGUAUGGGGUCCUCUGACAGGCUUCCUCAACCAAUAUCUGCCCACAAAUCAGACAGUGUCGAUCAGACAGGCUUGAUUUUUCUGUCUGAUCGAGGAGCACAUUGGCUCAUUAAUGUGGCCCACAAUCCGACUUUUCAUAUCCCCUUUAUUGUAAAGUGAAUGUUUAUGUGUGAAAGCACAAUAUUGUACACCUAAGGUGGGCCUAUCGGAGGGAAAGAUUUGCUUGUUUGCGACCUUGCCAAAUGAUGAAAUCUUACUGUAUACGACCACCUUAAGAUAAUAGUAACCACAUUUGCCUUUUAAAUGGGGUAGUGCUAGAAAUGCAUUCUGCAGGGCAGCAAAUAGUUCAAUACAUCUCACUACACUUAUUUUUUAUAUAUUCUUAGUUAUAGAGGUGGUUCACCUUUAAGUUUUUAACUUUUAGCAUAUUAUAGAAUGGCCU